GUCAAAGCACACCUAGCAUAAUCUAACAAGCCACGGGAUGGAGUCUAGUUUGAAAACAGAAUACCUCAGCUCUCCAAUGUUUUCCAACAUACAAGACGGUGUGGAGGAUAAUACCAAUGCUUCUGAAUAUACAGAACACUUUCCAGCAUCAGCUGUACAAACAGAUAUAUGUGUGGAAGGUAACGAAGGUUCACAUUUCGGUGGCAAUGUGUUUUCAACGCCAGACCCGAGUAAGAAACUGAAUUACGAAGACGCAUUCGGCUACUGUAGCUAUGCUCCAUCCCAAGCUUUUAAUGAAAAUUGUGGUUCUCCUAAUUUGCAUGGCUGCUAUUCCAAUGAAAACAACUGCCUGAUAACCAGCAAUGAGGCAGCCAAUCAAAAUUAUGCAGUUGAUGCCAACGCUUGGGCGCAACUAAACCAAACCGAGUUUCAAUACUCAAAUCUAGGCAGUACAGUAAACUACACCAACAUGGAUCGUAAUACUGCUGGAUUGGAUGGAUAUGAUCCACAAGAGAGUCAAGAUGGUGUUUCAUACAUGAAUCAAGCCGCGUAUCAAUACUCCGAUCUAGGUAAUGUAGGAAACUACACCAAUAUGGAUCGUAAUACUGCUGGAUUGGAUGCCUAUGAUCCACAAGAGAGUCAAGAUGGUGUCUCAAACAUGGAGCAGCAUGCAUAUGAGAACUGGUAUCAGAGUAUGAAUGUCAAUGCAGAUCAAUGGCAUAUAAGUCCCCAACAAUUAAAUGAAGAUUAUUAUCAAAAUACGAAUUCGAUGCAAAAUCAAACAGAUUUUAUCUCCAAUUAUCAGUAUUCGUACGGCAAGGGAAAUUAUUUUAAUCAUUUCCCAAAUGGAACGCCUAUGGAUGCAUUUUUGCCUGGAGGCACGAACGAAGCGUUUUCGUAUUACAAUGAGAAUUCAUUAUGUCCAACCGAUUAUUAUGAAGGUGAGGAACUAUUACCGGGGCAAGAGAGCUACACAUACAUGAGUAUAAACUCUCAACCUGUGUCGGACUGCACAAAAUGCCAAAUGAAAUAGUUUCAGAUGAACAGAUAAUUGUUGAGCUUGAUUAUUUGUGAAAGCUGAAAAUUUAUCAUUUACUAAGCUUUAUUCCAGACAUUUCAGAGCGUAUGUAAAUUUCAAAUGAGUCCAACAAA